AUUGUGCUUCCCGGUCUUGUACUUGUAUCCAAGAUCAUUGCAACAAUCUCUUCCUCAAACGGCAAAAUUGCACUUGUGACCGGGGAGGGCUCUGCAGAUUCCGUACAUCCUCUCAAACUCACGAGACUCGCUACUCGCGCUUUGCUUGGUGCGAAGAAGCGAGACGUUGUCGUACUUAACCCUUUCACUGUGGGACUCUCCUGGAGCUACCCUGCAGCUUUUUACUGUGCCACGCGAUUGAUCGUCUAG